AUGAACAAGUCUCAAUUAGCAGCUAUAAAAGCUGAGAGGUCGAAAGUUAUCAAGAGACGUCUGUCUCCAGAAACACUCAAGCUGAUACGCCUGCGUGGAAUCGCACGAGCUGCAGAAAAUCGCGAAUUAACGUCAGAACAUGUUAAGCAGUGCAGACAGGCGAUAAAAGAUCUUGAAGAGAAAAGAACAGCACUUGUGGUUGAAGCUGCAUAA